AUGUCUCGCCAAGAUUAUUCCGACUAUGAACACAACGCACCUCGCUUUGAGCAGCAUGACCACUGGCAGCAGCAGAGAAAUCAUAACCUGUACGAUCUUCCUCGUCCGCCCGCGCAUCCUGCCGCACAGGCUGGUGGCGGUGGCUCCACGCUCUACUGGGGCGAUCUCGAGGCAUGGAUGGACCUCGAGUGGGCACAGCGUGUGGUUUCGCUCAUGAAAUGGAACGCGAGCGUGCGCGUACCCCAUCCGGGCCCUGACGCCACCGCGAACAACCCCGGAUACUGCUUCCUGACUUUCCCCUCGCCCGCAGAGGCCGCCACCGUGCUCGCACAGAUGUCUGGAGUGGCAGCUACGAUGCCCAACUCGGCGAAGCAGUUUAAUCUCAAGUGGGCCAGCUCCGUCCCCGCACCCUCGUCGGCCGCGAGCGGACCGACGUCGCCGCCCAGCUCGACCCCGCAGCCGGCGUUUCCGAAGGAGUAUUCGAUCUUCGUCGGCGAUCUCGCGCCCGAGGCGUCUAAUAGUGAUCUUGUGGCCGUGUUCCGCAACCCUGUGCUGGGCCUGAGGAACGACAGAGAACCAAAGUUCAUCCGGCCCUUCUUGAGUUGCAAGAGCGCGAAGAUUAUGCUCGAUCCUGUCACCGGUGUCAGCAGGGGCUACGGCUUUGUGAGGUUCACGGAUGAAUCCGAUCAACAAAGGGCUCUCAUUGAAAUGCACGGCCUUUACUGUCUUUCGCGUCCCAUGCGCAUCUCGCCUGCCACAGCCAAGUUCAAGCCUCAGCCUUCGUACGACCUUCCACAGGUCCAGAUGCCCGCCCACUUGAAUCCCUCGGGUCCUAGCAUGGGUUCUCUCCCGAACUCUUCGCUACCUUCACUCGCUUCGGCGGGCAGCACCAACUCAAGCGCGUCCCUCGCGUCUUUGUCUGACAUUGACCUGGCAGGCGUCCCACCUGGUGUCCUCGCGCAGCUUGCUCAGCUUGCCGCCGCGUCUACAUCUCCCAGCUCUGCGCCCAGACACGCCUCGCAUCCUCACGCGCAGUCGUUGUCUUACGUCCCUAGCGAAGCUGCUCGAUUCGGCAUGACGGAGGAGAGUUGGAAGCAUCAGGCUCAGGCGCGCGCAAUUCUGAGCAACCUCAUUGGGCCGAACGGCGAACAGCUUACGAGCACGGAUCCGUACAACACGACGGUUUUCGUGGGAGGUUUGAGUCCGCUCAUCGCCGAGGAUACGCUUAGGAGCUUUUUCGUGCCGUUCGGGGAGAUCCAUUACGUCAAGGUCCCCGUUGGCAAAAACUGCGGCUUCGUGCAAUUCGUGCACAAAGCGGACGCCGAGCGCGCGAUCGAGAGCAUGCAAGGUUUCCCCAUCGGUGGGAGUAGGAUCCGUCUUAGCUGGGGUCGUAGCCAGUACAAGGCUGCUCAGGCCGCCGCACAAGCUGCCACAGCUGCCGUUGCCCCACCUCCCCCGCCGCCGGUACCGGCCGCGCCCGCCGGCAUCACACCCGAGCAAGCCGCUCACCUCCUUUCGCGCUUCGGUCUUGCGCAGCAGCAGAAGGACGACCCGCAGAGCCGUCGCUUGAGUGAGGAGAGCGUCCGGGCGCUCAUCAUGGCCCAAGGACGCGGCGGGAAUGUUGGUAGCCAUCAGAGCAAUGGAAGCGGAAGCAGCGCUGGAGCUGGCGCCUAUGCGAAUGGCAACGGCGCGCCCUCGUAUGGCAAUGGCGGCGUCGGGUCAUAUGGCAGCAAUGGAUCUGCGUCAUACACCGGCAAUGGCGCUGGCACGUAUGACAUGUACGGCUCAGCGCCAGCCGAGCAGGAGUCGCCUGAGCUCGCGCGUGCUCGCAAGCGCGCAUUCUCGCCUUUCGCACCGGAGACGACGCCAACUGGGACAAGCUUCUUGGACCAGCGCCGCGGUUCGGAUGCAGCCAUGCUGCCCAUGCUCAAGAGCAAUCAUACAGGAGGACCCUCGUUUUCGCUCGGAGGCUUCGGCGCCACAGGUGACUUCGUGUCGGGGUCGGGGUCUCGCGAUUUUGGAGCUGCCGCACGUGAGUUUGCUACGGGAAGCGCCGGUCGUGACUUUUCGUCAGGUGUUGGCUCGAUUCCGCGCGAGCUUGCACCUGGCGCUGGUGCCCGCGAAUAUGGCGUGAGCUCCGCCCCUCGUGACUUUGCAGUAGGGUCUGCUCCUCGCGAUUUCGCGCCUGGGUCGAUCUCCCCGGGUAGCCUUGCACGCGCGCCGCGCUUUGAGCCUCAAGCUCCCGGCGCUGUAUCCCGGCCACCUUCAUCACUCCCACCACCUGAGGUUCUCAAGGGCGAGAUGCAGCGCAGCUCGCCGCCGGCACCCGUCUCAAAGCCCACAUCGACCGACACGAUUCAAGAUCUCAACGGUACCCUUGCGAGUCUGAGCCUUGACCUCGAGGAGGGCAAGGUUGUUUAA